UUACCUUGACGUCUCUUCUGGUCGUAACGAGCAAUGCUACUCUUUGUUAAGUAAAGUGCUGAGAAAUUUUAAUCUGAGGUGGGAUUUGUUUAAUUCAAUAGUCUUUAUCACCAACUCUGCUGACAUUUGUUCUAGUAAGUUAACGUCUUUGGUUGCAGUUCUCCUGCGGAGCUACUUAUUUCGCAGUUAGCUAACGCUAGCGUGUUAGCUGCGGUUCGGGAGGAUGUCGCUUCACGGUAAGAGAAAAGAAAUCUACAAAUACGAGGCGCCAUGGACGGUGUACGCCAUGAACUGGAGCGUCCGUCCCGACAAACGCUUUCGCCUGGCGCUGGGGAGCUUCGUGGAGGAAUAUAACAACAAGGUCCAGCUGGUGGGUCUGGAGGAGGAGAGCUCAGAGUUCGUCUGCAGGAACACGUUUGACCAUCCGUACCCCACCACCAAGAUCAUGUGGAUCCCGGACACCAAGGGGGUUUACCCGGACCUGCUGGCCACCAGCGGGGACUACCUGCGCAUCUGGAGGGUCAGCGACACAGAAACACGUCUCGAAUGUUUGCUGAAUAACAACAAGAACUCAGACUUCUGUGCUCCUCUCACCUCCUUCGACUGGAAUGAAGUUGAUCCCAAUCUGCUGGGCACAUCCAGCAUCGACACCACCUGCACUAUCUGGGGGCUGGAGACCGGUCAGGUGUUAGGACGAGUUAACCUGGUGUCCGGACAUGUGAAGACUCAGCUGAUCGCUCACGACAAAGAGGUGUAUGACAUCGCGUUCAGCCGUGCAGGAGGCGGUCGCGAUAUGUUUGCGUCUGUGGGAGCUGAUGGGUCCGUCCGCAUGUUUGACCUCCGACACCUCGAGCACAGCACCAUCAUCUAUGAAGAUCCUCAGCACCACCCGCUGCUCCGCCUCUGCUGGAACAAACAGGACCCCAACUAUCUGGCCACAAUGGCCAUGGAUGGCAUGGAGGUGGUCAUCCUAGACGUCCGUGUGCCAUGUACUCCAGUGGCUCGACUCAACAACCAUCGCGCCUGCGUUAACGGCAUCGCCUGGGCUCCUCACUCCUCGUGUCACAUCUGCACUGCAGCCGACGACCACCAGGCUCUGAUCUGGGACAUCCAGCAGAUGCCCAGAGCCAUUGAGGAUCCCAUUCUGGCCUACACGGCUGAAGGGGAGAUCAACAACGUGCAGUGGGCGUCCACGCAGCCGGACUGGAUUGCCAUCUGCUACAACAACUGCCUGGAGAUCCUGCGUGUCUAAAGCGUUGGAGACGGAGCGCUGUUUCAAAUUUGGACUUUUUUCAGUCCUCAUCCCUUCUUCUUCCAGGACAAGGAUUGAGGCCACGAGUGAACUUUCGGAACGUGUUUGGAGUAUCACAUACCUACUCCGCAAUAACCUGGUUUACAUUUUGUUUUUGUUUUUUUUUUUGGCCACGUCUCUACUCCACUGUUCUUCUAUUAAAAACGUGUUUAAGCUCUUAUUUAUUUUGCUCACAAGGUAGUGUUCAGCAGAGCUCUGCGCCGUUGUCGAUGAAAGUCGGAUUUUUAUACGUGUAGGUGUGGUUUCAGCCAGCUGUGAGAUUAUCAUGAAGGGUUUAGAUGUUGUGCAUUUCAUCUGUUUUAGUUUGUCAGGGUUGAUACAAACUGCUGUAGGUGGCAGAAGAUGACCUCUCUAAUGCGUCUGUUGUAGCCUUCUUGUGGAUACAUACCAUAUUACUGGUGAUUCAUGGAUCAGUAUAUUCUAGUCUUGUUUACCCUCGUGGCAAUUUAAGCUGUUAAAUUUGUCAAAUGGGUGUGUGUCCAGUAUCCUCUCUACAAGUGUCCGGGUUCAGACUCGUGACCUGUGCUACUUCUAAGAAUUGUAAAAUAACCUGAGAGGGAUUCGUGUCGUCACUGCAGUGGUGUCCGUCAUCUUAUGGUGUGUUUUAGUUUGACUGGUGCCGCUGAGAAGCAACCAGCAACACUGACAACCUACCAGAGCAAUGUUGUUCAGCCUUUUAGCUCCCUAAUUACUCUCUUCUUCUUCUUCGUUUUUAUUUGUAGAAGAUUGUGCUUGGAAAGCUGCAUUUUUUUCUUUGUUAGAGUGAGUUGUGAAAUGGAAGGAAAAAACAAUUUUCUGACUGCAUCUUUGUCUGCCUCUCUUCUUUUUUUUUUGUUGUUUUCAGUAAUUAAAGGGUCAUGUCCUUGUAGCAUGCCAUUACAAGGCAAACUGUACAUACAUAUAAAUAUAUCAACUUAAGAUGUUGGUAAGCCAAGUGUUCAUGUUGUAGCUUUUUUCAUAAAGUUUAUUAUUGAAUUUGCUCUAAUAAAUUGUAUUCCUCCAUGUCUUAGAAACUAA